GAGCCCGGGCCCCGCCCUUUGACUCACCUCGUUCGUCAGAUGUGGGUUUUUUUUGUGUUACUGGUUUGUUUAUGACGCGGCUCACUGGCUCCGUUAGCCUGACAGCUGACCCAGGAGUAUGCUGUUGUAAAAACGCACCGAUCGAUGUCCGAUUUUCACGGAAGACACCGCGCUGCGAACCAAAGAUUUAUAAGAGGGUAGAAAAGCUAGUUAGCAAUAGGCGUCGGUGAGUCGGGUGACCAGAUUACAGCUGUUAGCCUAGCAUUUGGCUCAUCUGUAAACGUUAUGGAGUAGGGCUGGACAGGAAAGCGGUUGACGAAGCCUGUGCAGAAGUAUUUCAACUAUAACAAAGAUAAAGAAAGGGCGGUGCAUAGAGGAACAAGUCUAUGCGUGUAAGACCUGCAUUCGCGGGUUAGGCUUUUAGACAGCUGCCUGCCGACUGAAAUUGACUAGCUCGUGAGCUAAAUUCAUGUUAGCAUGGCGUCAGACACAAGUGACACCGAGGAAUUCUAUGAUGCUCCCGAAGACGUUAAUUUGACUCCAUCUCCUAAAGUGUCACCCACAAAGUCGGCCAUUCCUUUUCCUCAGUUUUCACAGAGGUCAGUAAACGCUGCGCAAGAUGUGAGCUGCGGGGAGGCGACGUCCGAGACGCCGCGCGAAGAUUCCCUACUGAUCAUUGAUAGCAUCAUUGAGGAGAGUCAAAAGGGAAGCGCGGGUGAGGUCGGUGAGGAGGGCCAGCUGUUCGAGCCGCUGCGCGACGGCGCGGGAGCCGAACCGGAGGCGGAGGAAGGGAAUGACGCCCAGGAGCUUCCCGCGGAGCCGGCGGCCCCCCCCCAGGUGGCCGAGAGGCCGGCGGUGUGCUCUCCGCCGGCCUCCGAGCCGCCGGCCGGGCCCCGAGAAGGCGUCCAGCCCCCGGACAUCACCAGCGCCGUAGGGCUCGCUGCGCUGGACGGGGCUGCCGUGGUCGCCGAGCACGGGAUGCGGGGGCAGAGGCCCGCGGACAUCUUGGACCAGGUUCUGUUCGCCGACCGGCCGGCCGACUCUGACUCCUCCUCCUCCUCCGGGCCCACCAAGCCCCCGCGGCAGAUCACUGUGGAACCAGACAUUGUAGCAAGCACCAAGAAGCCUCCUCCCUCGCGCCCGCCCCCUCCCGGCGGAGGCCCCCCGCCGAGGCCGCCUCCGCCGUUUUGGCCGAGUCUGCCUUCCAAGAAGUCUCAGGAGUGUCUGCGGCCGAGCGGACUGGAAGUGUCGGCGGUCGGCGGCGACGAUCUGGAGCUCUCAGGCCUGGUGUCCCCCAGCAGCACAGUGAGGAGUCUAACCAAAGAGCUGCAGCAUUCCUUGGAUCUGGCCAGCGCCACCAGUGGGGACAAAGUGGUGACGGCGCAGGAAAAUGAGGACGGACGGACGUCCUCUCAGGGCGGAGAACAAACUCCGGGGCCCCAGCGUCCACGUUCCGACUCUGGCAGGGAGCUGACGGAUGAAGAAAUACUGGCCAGUGUGAUGAUCAAGAAUUUGGACACGGGGGAAGAGAUCCCUCUGAUCCAGGCCGAAGAGAAGCUCCCUGCGGGGAUCAACCCGCUCACCCUGCACAUCAUGAGGAGGACCAAGGAGUACAUCACGAACGACGCAGCGCAGUCCGAUGACGACGACAAGGCUCAGGCUCCCCUGGCAGACACGGACGGAGGGAAACUGAAACAGAAAACAACGCAGUUCAAAAAAUUUCUGGGCAAGUCCGUUAAGAAGGCCAAGCAUCUCGCUGACGAGUACGGAGCCAAGGCAGUGAACAAAGUGAAGAGUGUGCGAGAUGAAGUGUUCCACACAGAUCAGGACGAUCCGUCGUCGAGUGAUGACGAGGGCAUGCCCUACACCAGGCCCGCCAAGUUCAAGGCGGCGCACAGCUUCAAGGGCCCCUUCGACUUCGACCAGAUCAAAGUCGUGCAGGACCUGAGCGGCGAGCACAUGGGGGCCGUUUGGACCAUGAAGUUCUCCCACUGCGGGAGGUUGCUGGCGUCUGCGGGCCAGGACAACGUGGUCCGCAUCUGGGUCCUGAAGGCUGCCUUCGACUACUUCAAUAACAUGAGGAUGAAGUACAACACGGAAGGACGAGUUUCACCGUCUCCUUCUCAGGAAAGCUUGUGCUCCUCGAAGUCAGACGACCACGCGGCGAGUUGUGCUCCAGAGGACCCCGACACGGAAGACAGGACCGCCCCCUUCCGACAGGUCCCCUUCUGCAAGUAUAAAGGUCACACCGCUGAUCUGCUGGACUUGUCCUGGUCGAAGAACUUCUUCCUCCUCUCCUCGUCCAUGGACAAGACGGUCCGACUGUGGCACAUAUCCAGGCGAGAGUGCCUCUGCUGCUUUCAGCACAUCGAUUUUGUCACAGCCAUUGCUUUCCAUCCCAGAGACGACCGAUACUUCCUGAGUGGCUCUCUGGAUGGAAAGCUGCGGCUCUGGAACAUUCCCGACAAGAAGGUGGCGCUGUGGAACGAGGUGGACGGCCAGACGCGCCUCAUCACGGCGGCCAACUUCUGCCAAAACGGGAAGUACGCCGUCAUCGGCACCUACGACGGCCGCUGCAUCUUCUACGACACGGAGCGUCUGAAAUACCACACUCAAAUCCACGUGAGGUCCACCAGAGGCAGGAACAAAGUCGGCCGAAAGAUCACCGGCAUCGAACCCCUGCCCGGAGAGAAUAAGAUUUUGGUGACCUCGAAUGAUUCCCGCAUUCGCCUUUAUGACCUGAGGGACUUGUCUUUAUCCAUGAAGUACAAAGGCUACGUGAACAGCAGCAGCCAGAUCAAGGCGAGCUUCAGUCACGACUACUCCUUCAUAGUCAGCGGCUCGGAGGACAAGUACGUGUACAUCUGGAGCACUUACCACGACCUGAGCAAAUUCACCUCGGUGCGUCGGGACCGCAACGACUUCUGGGAAGGAAUUAAAGCACACAACGCAGUGGUCACCUCGGCCAUUUUCGCACCGCACCCGGGCCUCAUCGUUCCACCAGAAGCCGGAGCAGACAAACCGGAAGCCGAGAGCAAGAGCCUGGACUCCACCGACUCCGAGACGAUACCCUCGGGAGCCCUGAAGACGGAUCACACGGAGGUUCUGCUCUCGGCUGACUUCACCGGAGCCAUCAAGGUUUUCAUCAACGUCAAAAAGUACUGAGCACUUGCGAGAGGUUUUCACCGCUCCCCACUCGGACAGCUAAAGGUCACCGCUGCAGCCCCUUCGGGGGGGGGGGGGGGGGAACAGGGACCCGAGAGUGGACGAUGUGGAAUUGACUGUUUAAUACAGACACGGUGGGAUUCACGGUCACGUUUCAUUAUUUUUUUUUUUUUUUAAAUCUUUAAUACCAAGCUACUGUGAACGGUUUGGCGUUAAGAAAAACCAAGAAAGGAGCCAGAAACACUGAGACGGUGCUCAUUUUCAGCCGUGGGGGUCAAAGUUGAGUCAAGCCAAGAUGCUAUUCUGUAGUACACAGCCA